AUGAGCUCCACCGCCUGCUACACUAUCGUACACGAUGAUCUGAUCGAGGGCGCAACCUCUCCCGAGCUCCGAAAUGCUUUGCAAAAGGGCUCUGAUGAGGUCAAGCUUGAGACCAUGCGGAGAAUCAUCGUGGGGACGUUGAACGGACAGUCUCACCCUGCGCUUCUCAUGCCGAUCAUCCAAUAUGUCAUGCCUUCACGCAAUAAGCAGAUCAAGAAAAUGCUGCACUUUUACUGGGAAAUCUGUCCCAAGUUCGAUGACAAUGGCAAACUGAAGCAGGAGAUGAUUUUGGUCUGCAACGCCAUCAGAAACGAUCUCCAACAUCCCAACGAGUACAUUCGGGGUGCGACCCUGAGAUUCUUGCAGAAGAUACGAGAAGCCGAGAUCUUGGAGCCGUUGAUCCCGACCAUCCGUUCUUGUCUGGAACAUCGACAUUCCUUCGUUCGCAAGAAUGCCGUCUUCACAAUUCUAACAGUCUACCAAGAUCACGAGCAUCUGAUUCCCGAUGCACCUGAGCUGUUGGAAACUUUUCUUGCGGCCGAAUCUGACUCUACCUGCAAACGGAAUGCGUUCGUGGCUCUGGCUACCAUUUCCCAGUCGACUGCGGUCCGGUAUCUUUUGAACAACUUUGAGGCAAUCUCGGGCAUGGAUGAGCUGAUGCAAAUGGCUGUGGUCGAGCUUGUACGUAAGGAGGCAAAAACAGACGGUGGACACAGAGCCAAGUGGAUCCGCUGCAUAUUCGAAUUGCUCAACUCGGCCUCCAAUGCUGUCAAAUACGAAGCUGCGACCAGUUUGACCACUCUCACUCAGAAUCCCGCAGCAGUGAAAGCAGCCGCUGCAGCCUUCGCAGACCUCAUCAUCAAAGAGUCCGACAACAAUGUCAAGCUCAUUGUCUUGGACCGCUUCGAUACUCUGCGCGCGAAACAUGAGCACGUCUUGGAUGGCAUGGUGAUGGAUGUGAUCAAGGUUCUAUCCAGCCCAGACCUCGAGGUCAGGCGGCGCGCCAUAGGUAUCGUUCUCGAGAUGGUCACCAGCCGCAAUGUGGAAGAUGUGGUGCUGUUCCUCAAGAAACAACUACAGGGUACUAUGGAUGGAGACUUUGACAAGAAUGUGGAAUACCGCCAACUCCUCAUUCAAUCCAUUCAUACGUGUGCCAUUCGUUUCUCAGAGGUUGCUGCAAAUGUCGUUUACGUGUUGAUGGAAUUCCUCGGCGACUCGAAUAACCCCUCCGCCGUAGAUGUCAUAUCCUUCGUGCGAGAGGUCGUGGAGAAAUUUCCAAAUCUCAGAUCCGCCAUCACCGAGAGACUUAUUGCGACAUUCGGCGAGCUCAAGUCUGGAAAAGUUUUCCGAGGCGCCAUGUGGAUCGUUGGAGAGUACUGUCAGGAAGCCGCAGACAUCAAAAGGGCCAUGUUUGAGAUUCGCAAAGUCCUUGGAGAGAUUCCAAUCGUCGCUUCGGAGCAAAGGCUUCUGGAUGCAGCAGAGGCGGCGGACGCAACGACAACGACAAACGAGAGUCAGACAGAGUCGCAACCCAAGAUUGUUACCACAACUCGAGUAUUGGCCGAUGGUACCUAUGCCACCGAGACAGUAUACACUUCCACUGCCGCCGCUGCCCGUCUGGAGCAGGUCCGUGCUGCCGCGAAACCUCCACUCCGUUCUCUGAUCCUCGGAGGCGACUUUUACACCGCUAGUGUCUUGGCCGUCACCUUGACCAAGCUCGUUCUUCGAUAUUCAGAAGUGGUCUUCGAUAGUGGCGCAGUCAAUGCCCUGAGGGCAGAAGCGCUGCUCAUCAUGACUUCGAUUGUUCGAGUCGGUCAGUCCAAAUUCGCCGCUGUCCCCAUCGACGAAGACUCUCAAGAGCGUAUCAUGAACUGUGUGGAAACGCUGGCGCAAUUAUCUGGAUCACGGGUCCUGAACGACAUCUUUUUGAGGGAUAGUCAGGCUGCGUACACGGCAAUGGUCAAGACACACGAGGCGAAAGCGGCUGCCAAGAAGCAAUUGGCAGAUCAGUCCAAGACCGUUCAGCCUGAUGACCUAAUCUCUUUCCGACAACUGUCCAAAAAGGCGGCUGGAGGUGACUUCGAUGACUACGAGAGCGAUCUUGUGCGAGCGACCGGCGCUGGCCUUGUGCAAGAUGAUUUCGUGUCCAAACUGUCUAGGAUCACACAGCUUACCGGCUUUUCCGACCCGGUUUACGCCGAGGCUGUCGUCACCAUACAGCAGUUCGACAUUGUUCUCGACUUGCUCAUUGUCAAUCAGACGACAGAAACAUUGCAGAACCUCGCCGUCGACAUUGCUUGCUUGGGAGAUCUCAAGCUCGUCGAGCGUCCGACACCGCACACGCUGGGACCGCACGGCUUCCACAAUCUGACCGCAACCAUCAAAGUCAGUUCAACAGAGACUGGUGUCAUCUUUGGCACUAUCUCGUAUGACAAACAGGGAGAUCAGAGUGUCAACAUCGUUCUGAAUGACCUGCACAUCGAGAUCUUGGACUUCAUCAGACCGAAUCAUCUGACAGAAGCACAGUAUCGAUCAUAUUGGACAGAGUUUGAAUGGGAGAACAAAGUCGCCGUCAACACCGGUGUGACAGACCUUAGACAGUAUCUUGAUCUGCUAAUUGCGAACACCAACAUGAUGUGUCUGACACCCGAGUCCGCGUUGUCCGGCGACUGCGACUUUUUGAGUGCCAAUUUGGCCGCCAGAAGUCUGUUUGGUGAGGAUGCGCUUGCGAACUGCAGCUUGGAGCGCGCAGAGGAUGGCUCAAUAUCGGGACAUGUGAGGAUACGGUCCAAAACGCAGGGUAUCGCUUUAUCUCUGGGUGACAAGAUAACCGUCAGCCAGAAAGCAUCCAAGGCCUGA